AUGCAAGAGAAAUUAAUAGCUGGGCUAACAUCUAAUUAUGGCAGUUUGUUGGGUCAAUAGUAUUUGAAGUGGUUGAAGAUGCCUCCUACUUAUUUGCGAGUGAUGCAAUCCAUCGAUUUCAGAAAAGGGAUGUAUGCAGCUUAGCAAGUAAAGGCAAAUCAAUAGAUAAUGCUGAUUUCGACGGAGAAGUGUUUCACAAGUGUGGAAUUCGUCGGUUGUGACAACAGGAAAUCACAAGAACUUCAGACCAUAGCAUCACAAAUAGCUCACAAAAUAUGUGGUGGAAAAGUGGAAUAGUAGUAUUUGGUCACAGGCUUGCUCAAAAUUAUUCUGCAAGUGUUCGUGCACCAGAAAGACCAAUCACUAAAUCACUCUCCAUUUGCAAACAUGAUUCAACCUCCCAAUACUCCCUUAUUGUGGCCUCAAACAGUGAUUGAUUUGAUAUCCUCGAGGAAUUUGGGUUCUCUGAUAGAAGGCACUCUCCUUCAAUGUCAAUCGAUGUAUAAUGAAUUGCAAUUGAGCAAAGUUUACGGUUUGACAGCCCUUGAAUUUUUGAAAUUGUUCCAAGCUGUCAGAGCCUCCUUAAUUUGCUUCAAUCCACAAAAGCCUAAAUACUUUGACAUGCAAUCAGUCUAAAUAGUAUGUCCAUUAGUUUAUCAAUUUGAUCACUCCUUCGACCCAAAUUGCUUCUUGGAUGGUUGUUAUUUGAGCCAUGAAAACAUGAGUUUCGUUGACUUCAGUGCGAAGAAGCAAAUUGAACCAGGCGAUAAAUUAACAAUUAAUUAUGGUAAUUUGAGUAAUCACGAUCUACUCAUGAGACAUGGCAUUACUGUGGAGGACAAUCCUUAUAAUGAAAUGCCCUUAGAUUUGGAUUUCACUAAAGCCAUAAAUUACACUGAAUAGCUCUUUGAGUAGAAGUAAAAGUGGCUGAGACAAAGUGAAAUCACCAACAUUGAAAGAUAGACCUUGUAUGCUAACAAAAUUAAUGUACAACUAUUGCAGUAUCUAAGGAUAUACUUUCUGACUGAGGAGGAAUUCUCUAAAAACCCCCUUUUGGAAUUCAAUUCAUUCCAAGAAAAAAUCAGCGAAGAAAAUGAAUUGUUGGUUAAGUAGUUUAUGAUUCACAACAUCAAGAAUAUCUUGUCCACUUACAAACAAAUAUCUAAACCUAUUGGCAAAGAAUUGUAGGAUCUUUUCAAAAUUCAAAAGGAUGAGAUGACCAUACUAUAAAAUAAUCUCACUUUUUUUAGCAAAUGA